AUGGAGUCACCAAAUGGGAAGAGCAGAGAGGCCGGGUCCCGUCCUGUCAUGUCAAACAGUCACGAAGGCUUUUUUAACAAGUCAAAAGCGGAGAGCAAACUCUUUGAGAACCCUUCGCAGCUCCUCGCUGAUGUUGCCAAAAUAGCCAGCAGAGGCAGUGCUCGCUUUGGCAUGCUGAGUCACCAUUCUUUCUUUUCCCGCCACAGCCCCCACCCCCACAGAGUGACGCAUAUUCAAGGUCUAAAUGGUAACCCAGUGUGCAUUGUGAACGAUGACUGGUACACAAGUACACCGUUAUACCCUCACCCCUUAAUCAGGAGUCAAGUGCCAAUUUCCACUAAUGGAAAAACAGUCUUCAGACCACAUGGAUUUCAACAUGGGUUCAGCGCCACCAAACAAGGAGCAGCAUUACUCUCUGAAGCUUGGAGGGAGGAGCUAAGGGAACUUGCAACCAAACUCAGCCAAUCAGCACAAGCCAGAAAUGACAACAAAGCUCAGAAUGAGGACGAUGCAUGUCAAAGGACGACUCAGUAUUCAGCCAAAACAGGUCGUAUCAUCCCCUCCUCAAGCUGGACAUCAGGCCGCUGCAGGACCCAGGCCACCAGGACUCAAGCAGCCUGGAGAAGGCAUGAUGGGCAGAGACACAAUCCUCCACCCCAUGCACUGGACUGUCAAGAGAUCAGGGUUCUAGAACUCCUCUGUCAGAUUCUACAGACGGACUCCUUAUCUCUGGUCCAGCAGUGGCUUCUGCUAGCCGGCCAAAGAGAGAAGGACCUGGUGAUGGGUUUGCUCCAGCAGGCGAUGACAGACACUGCUUCUGUCACUCAGCGGCUUGAGUCCUGCCGAGAGGAACCGCAUCCACUGUUUGAGUCCUUGCCUCCAAGUGAACUACCAGUUAGCCAGUCCCAAAGGAAAAGGAGGCUAGCAAGCUCACAUCCCAGUAAGGAGGCAGGCAAAGACAAACCAGCAAAGAGCUCCCAAACGAUAGACACUCCAAUCACCACUGAGGGUUCCGUGGUGUCCCCCUCAAGGUCAGCCAAAAACCUUGGCGUUACCCUGGACAACCAGCUAAACUUCUCAAGCCACAUCACAGUGGUCACCUGGUCCAGCUGA